AUGGUUGGGAGAAAGAGGCCCUUGGCCGAAACUUCAACAACACCCCCUGCAUCCCCGGCGCGUCGACCUAGGCGCGGGGCUGCUGUAAAAGCCUUGCAGAAGCUUGUGGAUAUCCCUAAUGCUGACCAGAGACGCGACGACAGCGUUGAGAGCACGGACUCUGAGACCGAAGAGAGCGAGCAGGAGAGUACGGACGAGUCUGAGGAUGAAGCUGAGAGUGUCCCACGCAAGGCGUCUGCCUACACGCCUAUCUUCCUGUGCAAGAAGUGCCACAAUGGCUUCAAGUCGAAGCAACUGUACUAUGCGCACGUCAACAGCAAAAAGUGUCCAGGAAAACCAAACACUCGACCCAACGAGAAUUCGACAAAAGAAAAACCUCAGCCAAAGCCAAAACCCCAGCCAAAGCAAAAACCCCAGCCAAAGCAAAAGCCCCAGCCAAAGCAAAAGGCGGCUCCAAAAGAGAAGACGGUCUACUGGUGUGCGAUGCCUCGCUGCGGCUACACCACAACCUCUGAGGCCUGGUUCAAGAGACACUGCUUGAAGCGACACAAUAACGAUCAGACACUUCCUGGGUGGGACAAGCCUGAGGCCUCCGACACCGAAAGCACCAUACCGACUCCCGAGACUGCCACUGAACCGGCGCCCGAGACCAGCACCAAGUCGACUUCCGAGGCAGUCAAUACGCCCAUCACCGAAUACACUCCCGAGCCCGUGGCUGGACCGUCGACUCUGCCAUCAACUCGUACUCGAACCCCCACUCCAUGCUCCAAUACCAGCGACUCUGACAGCUUCGACUCGAGCGAUAGCGAUUGGUUUUAA